AUGUCGCAAUCAAGACGGCCAACGAAAAACAACAGAGAGAUUGAAGAAGCGCGGAAGAGGAUAAGAGGGGAAGGCUACCCACGAGCAACAAUUGAAAAAAGACCAACUACUCUCGAAUUGCUAAAGGACGAGCUAAGGAGAUGCCAGCAAGAACAAGAAAAGACCCGCGCUUUACUUCCAGACUUGAUACGACAGAAGAACGAGUUGUUGAAAACAGGUGACAUAAACGCAUUAAAUUUUUGGCGUGGGAAAGUUGGAAACAAGAAGAUCACGCACGAAUACCGCAUAAAAGAGCAUAAUGUUUCCAGCGAGACUCAAUCGCUCUUGGAAGACUUUCUCUACUUCCAAAACCAUUCGCAUCGACAAAACAGAUACUCUAAAAUCAAAACGAAAGUGACACGCGGUUUGAACCUUGACCAUGAGAAUAUCAACAGUGAGCAGGUGGAGCCGACGGGUCGCCAAGACAUACUAGAUGCAUUUGACGAAGCCAAGAUAGGCGGACCGCGUCAUCGCAAUGGAUUUUUGGAUUGGGAUGGUAACGAGAUUACAGAAAGAGAAUCAGGCCAAGGGCCCAGGCCAGUUCGGUUUAAUGAGUUGCAUCUAUGGACUCCAGCGUGUCGACGGGUGCCGGUCGGUUUCGCCGCCACGAAAAACAGGCCAGUUGAAGCUACCAAUCUCGUGCUGGAUAUAGACGAUAUCCAUCAGAAGUGGCAGCGUAUCGAGGAGGUUGAGAUUCCUGAGAAAGGCCAGGAAGGCUUUCCUUACCGAACGCACAUAGAAAGAAGGCAACAGGAGCAAGCGCUCUAUAGGAGUGAGCUUGGGAACUUGAGACCUACCACUGCAUGCUUGCACCUUACGAAAACGCCGGAUGGCGUGAAACUUCAGGAUAGAUUCAGGGACAUCCAAACACUGGACGGCGUCUUCAUUUCAGCAUUAGAGUCCUCAUAUGAUUGGCGUACGUCAUACGAUCUACUUGGACCGGUGAAGAGUGGCAUCUACGCAAACUUCACAAUCAGUGACGAACGCGAGACAAUUGAAGGGCCCCCAGAAGACAGCCUUAACAACGAUGACAAUCUCAUCGAGCAACCCGAACUAUCCAAGAAGUUCAAAGCAAAGGGAAAGGCGAAAUUUUCUGUAAAUAAGAAACCCAAGAAAAACACAAAGACGAAAGACGCAACAGAGGACCAAAACACUGAACACAUGAACACUGAACACAUGAACACCGAACACCCAAACACUCAACACCCAACCGCCGACCACCCGACCACCGAACCCCCAAACCCGUCUAACCCACCACCCACCACCGACAAACGAACAAUCCUCGACUACCCCUACCCAGCCAACGAAUUCCUCAACCCGCCCCCGACCCUGCAUUCCAAAAAUGCCCCCUCCAACAGACCGCUCACCCUCUCCACGCCCCUCCUCUCAAUCCCCUGGUGCGAAGAAACGCCCGGUCGCCGCGAGUACCAUGUCUCCAUGCUUCUCUCGCCCUCCUCGCCCGUCGACUCUCCUCCUCACACGCCCAUCAUCCACCCCGCCCCUGGCAGCAUCCCCGCGCCCUUUCCAAACGGAGAAAUCAGUCCCAUCGCCGAAGCUGCACAGCGGCGCUGCGCGCAUGAGCCAGAGCGGUGUCGGGCGUGGUGGAGUCAUGCGGCAGAUGGGUGUUGGAUUGUGGAGUCGGAAGCUGUAGGGCGACGGAGUCCGGUGCUACACCCGAAUUUGGAGAUCGAGGUGCCGGAGGAAGAGUUUGUGGUGCCGGAGGGUGGGAGGGGGGUGUAUGAGGGGAGGGUACGGGAUCAUUAUGGGGUUAUGGGGGAGGGGUGGCCGAAGGUGGGGGUGAGGGUACCGUAUGAACCGAUGAGUAUGGAUGAUGUUAGGGUGGGUAGUCAGAAUGAUAGUGGGGAGGAUGAUGAGUGGUUGGGGGAGGAGGGGGAGAAGGUGGUGCAUGAGUAUCGUGCUAUGGCGGCGCCGUUGAUUCCUUUGGUGGUGAGGGAAGGGGAUGAGGGGAUUGGAGGUGUUGCUGCUGAUGUGGAUGCGGAUUCUGGUAAUAGAGCAGGUUAUGAGAGCGACGGGUCUGACUACGAAGGGGAUGUGUUUCGUAGUAUGUAUAUUCUGGGGCGUAUUGGUAUUCCGACUCAGACAUCGGGAUCACAUCCGAGUCAGGUUGAGGGUGCGGCGGAGUCUUAGUAACGAUGUUUUGUCAUUGAGUUUGUUUUACGGUUAUGGUGUUGCUGCGACUGUGUUUUUCACCGUGUAUAAUAGCAAUGUAAUCUAG